AUGUGUGUACGCAACAAUGCUCAGCUCCGUGUGCGCUACUUCGGAGCCGACAUUCGCUCGCUUGACCAUCGUCGGCACGUUCAUUCCGCUCCUGUGGAGCACUGUCGAAUCGAGAUGAAGUUCGCCGCCGUCGUUGCUCUCGCUGGUGCCGCCGUUGCCUCGGCUGCAACGUUCACGCCUGCAGUCUUCCAGACACGCUUGCAGACUGUCGGCACAGAUGCUGCAAAGCUCAACGCCUCGCUCGCUGUCGCCAAUCUGACAUACAGCUCGGCCUACGCGAUUCAUACAACAGCUCUGCAGACCAUCAAGGAUAUCAAUAAUGCAACUGCCACCUGCCAAAAUGUCACGGGUUUCACCGCAGCAAACGGCGUGACUACUAUACAAUACGUCUCCGCAUCCAUCGCACCACCUACAUUGAAUGCAUUGAGCAAUCUCAUCAAGAAAAAGGCCGCGUUCGAUUCAUUCAAGCUCGGCAGUCUGGCCAAGAGCGAUGUCAACAUGCUCCACAAUAGCACCAGUGCGCUUGCUGCUUGCAUUGUCAAGCAGAUCACCAAUGCGACUGUCACGCCGCUCGAUACUGCUUUCAAUCAGGCAGGCGCGCUUUUGCUCGUCUCGAGCAUUGCUGACUCGCGGGUCGCAACAGGCUGCAGCAGCAUAUGCCAGCGAGAAGUGAAAACCCACCAAACGGGAUGGAAGAGGGAUACGGGCUGGCCGUCAAUGCAUACUACAGGACUUUUCUUGCACGCCUUCCCUCCCAUCCCCUCCACGUCUGGCAGCCAUGCUUUCGGAGAGGAAGAGAUCAGCAACUUCAAUGCAGCUGAUCUCACGCUGCCCAUCGCCUGCAUCUCCUCGCUGAUGAAGAGCGUCGUGGGCGAGAUCAAGGUAGCCAAAGAUGCGAAACAAUGCAUGCAAGAAUGCGUCUCCGAAUUCAUCGCCUUCCUUGCCUCAGAAGCGGCAGAGUACGUCGAGACGAGCAAAAGGAGGUGCAUCAACGCCGAGGAUUUGCUCAGGGCUAUGAAGACGCUCGGCUUUGACAACUACGCAGAGAUCUCGCACAUCCACCUUGCCAAGCUCAGAGAGCUGAUGAUGACCGAACGACCGAAGCGAAAGAAGGGCAAGCUCGUAGACCAUCAGAGGACGGCGACGGAUCUGUCGCAAACGAGCACGCUUCAAGUAGCAUCAUCGAGCACGAGCAAUACCAAUGAUGCAGUCUUGGCGGCCACCGCAGCGCUUCAAGAGGACAGCGAUAGCGAUGAUUCCUUAGACCGGGACUCUUCCAAUGAUCGUCACUCAUCGCAGAGUGAUCGCGUCGAUAGCUGGCGUUCUGACGUGCCCUGGCGAUGUGCUCGUCAGUCGUCAAGAGGCAGAAGCUAG